ACCCGGCUCCGCCCAGCCCCUCGCCUCCCGAGGUCCCCACUGCUCCUCCUCCCUACCCGCCACAGCCAAGCCCUCCCUCGCCUUCGCCACCGUCACCCAGCCCGCCCUCGCCCAGCCCGCCACCUCCAUACCCGGCUCCGCCUAGCCCCUCGCCUCCCGAGGUCCCCAGCUAUCCUCCCAACCCUCCAGCAUAUCCGCCGUCACCCAGCACUCCAUCACCCAGUCCCACUCCCUAUCCUCAGUUUCCUGGCCCUCUGCCGUCGCCUCCCUCGCCAUCGUCUUCCAACCCCCACCCCCCUCAGCCGCUCAUCCCGCCACCUACAUAUCCACCCGCCCCGCCACCGUCCACAUCAUCGCCUCUCCAACCUCCUCCCUCGCCCCACCCUCUUGCGCCUCCCAGCCCCUCCCCUACACCUCCUCAAGUCCCCGCGGCGCCUCUUCCUCCCCUUCCCAACGCUCCACCACCUCCGUCCAACCCAGCCCUUCCUCCUCCCCAAGCUCCAUCGCGCUCUGGCCCGCCUGUGCCUCCUUCGCCUUCGCUCCCCCAGCCCCCGUCACCCCAGCCUACAAUACCAGCAGCUCCAACCCCUCCGCCGUCUCCUUCGCCGCCCUACGCUCCUUCACCUCAACCCCGAAUUUCCCCCCCUUCACCUCGGCUACCUCCACCCUCGCCAAGCCCGGAGCCCUCACAGCCACCCGCUUCACCACCCAGCCCCAGCCCAGCCCCUCCUCUACACCCCAGCCCAGCCAUCCCUGCAACGCCAGCGCCUCCACAGCUACCUCAGCCUCCACAGCAACCUACUCCGCCAAGCCUUCCCCAUCCUCCAGCAACACCCACUCUUCCGCCACCUUCACCCGCACCUUCGCCUUCAAACCCGCCACCUUCCUCACCCGCACAGCCCUACCCACCAGUAUAUGCCCCACCCGGCCUUCCGCCUACCUCCGCGCCUCCGCCUGACACUCCGCAGCCUCCUCCUCGCACCCCUCCGCCUUCGCCCCCGCCGCCCCUACAUCCGCCCUCUCAUCCCGCGCCAAGCCCAUCGCCAUCUCCUGCCGUACCACCCAGGGCACCCCCACCGCGGCGACCCCCCAGGCCCUCGCCUCCUCGCCCUCCAAGUCCCAGACCACCACCGCCAUUGCCUCCGCCACGCAAGCCGCAACCCCCCUCGCCUCCUCCACCUAGACCUCCUCCUCCUUCUCCUCCCCCGUCCCAGCCCGACCCGCCCUCUCCCUCACCCCCACGGCCACCUCCUCCAUCCCCGCCGCCCCAGAAACCCUUGCCUCCUGCUCCGCCGCCUCCCAGACCACCACCACCACGCCCUCCUCCACCCAGCCCCUCACCCCCACCGCCCCCGUUCCCAAGACCCCCACCGCCACUGCCACCUCCGCGACGCCCCGCGCCCCCUAAUCCUCCGCCGCCAAGACCCCCGCCGCCAACUCCUCCACCGCCCAAGCCCUCGCCCCCUAAUCCUCCGCCUCCCAGGCCGCCACCACCGAGGCCUCCUCCACCACGCCCUUCGCCGCCCUCUCCACGCCCGCCUAGGCCGCCCACGGUCCCGGCUCCCCCCGCGGCUCCGCCGCCUCCCGAGUUCCCUCCGCCCGACCAGAGCUUCUUCACCACCCCGUCAAUCUCCACCCAAUCAACGGCUCUUGAUCCCAUGGAUCUCGAACCCAACUCCUCGAGCGUCACAGCUCCAACGUCCCCAACCGCACCGCCGUCCGCAUCCACAGCAGCAGCAACGUUGUCGGUGUUGGCGUCUCCACCGAGCGCCUAUGUUCCAGUCCCUGUGCCCAGCAGCGUCGUGACCUUGGACGCCACCGGUUAUGACGCUUCGGUGUACGACACGGCUGAGAAUGCGACGCAUUACAGCGUGACGUACCUGGUUGCUGUGGCUGAUUCCGCGCCCACGUUGCGUGGCUGGUGCCUGGUGGCCAACCCAGCUGUGCUAGGUCAGGACCUGGACGUGAGCAGUGUGGCGACUGCGGUUCGGUCGGAUGGUGAUGGUACGACCGUCACAGAGGUAAUUCCGUACAUGCACGACGGACUAACCUCCUUGACGGUUACGGACUCGGUGCUAGCUGGUACGACACUCACGUACACGUUGGGCUUUGAAAAAC